AGGAGACGGAUAUUGAGAGUAAUUCCGAGGGCUGUGGGAUGGAGUGUCGUGUGAUGCUUCGAGGGUGUGGGUGAUUGCCUGACGGUAGAAGUGAGCCAGUAAAUUGUAGGACUCUGGAGGUCAGCAACACCCAGCCAUUUAGUAAGCCAGUAAGCCAGUAAGCCACAGCGUGUGUGUGGUGUUUUAGAGUUUGUGGGUUGGAUGUGUCUGCAUGAAUAAGCGCAUUGUGGGGGUUUGCAGCUAAGUUGGUGAGCAAUCUCGAAGGUUGUUGCCAUGGCGAUCGGGGUCUCAUCACCUCAGUACACCCUUCGCUGUGGGUUACGCCGUUUUCAAGGGGGUGCUGAAGAGGUGCGUAGGUUCGACAUCAAUGUUCCCCAGAUUGGAUAUGGAGCCAUUUUAUUUAAAUCCUUGAGGAGAUACAUCCCGCCUGCUAAUACUUGGAAUAAAAAGCACGAAUUUCAGAGAAGGCUAAGUAUUCAAGCUACGGACGGAAGCAAGUCCGGAUUCGGUCGUCAACCUGUGAAGAAAAAAAAGAAAGCCAACCGGCCGCAACCAAAGAAUGAGGAAGACCAAUUAGCUCGAGCACAGCAGAUCCUGGCCCAAAAACAGCAGGUCAAUGAUGAUGCGACGACUGCAGUAUCGGAGCAAGCUCCAGCAUUAGAUCUAGAAGGAACAGAGGAAAAGGAGAAGGCAGUGGUCACUAACGACGAUUUCGAAGAACGACUUGCAGUCAUCAGGAGGAAGGCCAAGGAGCUGAAGGAAGCAGAGGAGUAUAGGAAAUUCUUACCCAUCGAUUAUGAUGCACCUCUUCCUGCUUCAGAAGUUGCUAAGUGGACCGACAGUAUUGGUGCAAGAAUCGGCAUUGGAGUGGCAGCAGUGGUGUUUGCACUCAUAUUUACUCUAGGAGAUUUUUUACCCAGCGGGAGCCCAAGCGGGGUCUCAAGCAAUCAGCAGCAGGUUGAGCAACCAACGCUGCCUCCGGAAGAAGCUGCUAAACUCAAGGCCCAGGUUGAGAAAUUUGAAGAAACACUGAAGACUUCACCAGAUGAUCGUGACGCUCUUGAGGGUGCAGGUGUUACAUAUGCAGAACUGGGAGAGUACAGCAAGUCUGCCACGUAUCUCACCAAGCUUGUCCAGAAAGUACCCAAGGAUGUAGAAGCCCAGCGGUUACUUGGUGAAGUUCGAUAUGAAGCUGGUGACUAUGCAGGCAGUGCUACAGCCUACCGGAGCGCCGUCAGAGCUGCUCCAAAAGACACCAUAGGCUUGUUGCAAGGACUUGUCAGUGCCCUGCUAGCAGACAACAAGCCGAGUGAGGCUGUUGGAGAGAUGCUUGCAGCAAGAACUCGACUGAAUGCAGGUCCUCAAUCCCCACCAUCAUCACAAGAGGGAAGUGGAAAUGCAGAUGACCGCGUGGAUCCUGUACAAGUUGAAAUGUUACUUGGGAAGGCCUACUCAACCUGGGAAGGUCACACUGGGGAUGCAAUUGCUGUGUACGACAACUUAAUCAGUUCCUAUCCUGAUGAUUUCAGGGGAUACUUGGCCAAGGGUAUAUUACUGAAGGAUCAAGGGAAGGAUAGCGAUGCAGAGCGCAUGUUUAUUCAGGCACGGUAUCUAGCUCCACCCAAGGCCAAGGGUUUCGUUGAUCGGUAUUCAAAGAGAUAAGUUAUUCGUAUUUUUGUUCUGGUAACUUUUUUCUUAAGCUGUUGAGUUAAUUUCUAUACAAUCGAGGUUUCGGAGCGUUUAUUAUUUAGAAUAGUGAAUUUGCAAGGGAACUUCAACAUGUAAGCUUUCGAAGCAAUUCCAAGUAUAUCUGGCUUCAUUUCAAUUUUCAGGGCU